GAUGCAGCCUGGCCGAACCAAGACUCGGAAGAGAUGGUGUUUAAACGCCCUUUAGAGAAAAUCCAUCAUCGUUUCCCCGGGUCGCAGCGGUACAGCUAAAGCUUCCAAAGCCAGGCUCGAAAAAGAAAACAAGAGGGAGACAAAGAAAAUAUAUUUAAACAUACAUUUCUCCAGCAAAUGCAGUCUUAUGGAUUAAGACCUGGCGCAUGGAGAUAAUUGUAUACUUCUGCACAGUUAGUCUUUUCUAUCUUCCUCUCAUUCUCGGGAGCUCCAUCCGGAUUGGUCUAGGAGGAAACUACACUAACCUCUCUGAACAAAACAUACUGCCGUGUAAGAAGGAAGAGCUACAAUGCGGGAACGGCUUGUGUCUCCUCAAUUGGUUGCGUUGUCACUACAGGAAGGAAUGUGGCCGAGAGUACACCUCCAUCAAGUUAAUAUGUUCAAAGGUUCAUUCGAACCAGAGUGGUGGCCACAGUGGAUAUUCACACUACAACGAGGGCAGCAGUGAUGCCAAUUUGCUGGUGUCGCCCCUGGUGGUGGCGGGAAUCGUGAUCGGAUUGGUCCUCUUCCUCUCCUGCAUGACCAUCAUCGUCGGCAGCUUGAGAAAAGAUGGCCGCUUAAGAAACUCUCAUCUCAGGACCGAGGCCAAUUAUGCCCCAGAUGGCUUCUCAUUUGGAGGAUCUGUCGGAGAGCUGCGAUCGACGUGUAUUGAGGAGUAUUCCCCCACUUUCGAUUUUGACUCCUAUAUUGAGACACUGUCACAGAUCAAUGUGAUGUAUCAGGAUUCCCCUCCGCACUAUGAGGACUGCGUGGGACACAGAGCGCCAGAUUUGUAUCUCCCAGAGGAAGACCCUCCACCGUAUUCCCUGACUGACCCAUGGCAAAGGAGCGAUUCCACUCACCGGACCCCCUCUGAGGAAGAAGCGAACCCCCAGCAAACCGGGGGUCCCACAAACGGUCCGGCCAUACCCCCCAAUUAUCAGCAGGUGGUCUCGUCCGUCUCCUCGACCUCACUGCCCCCAGACCAGGCACCUCCUUACGAGCAGGCGGUCUACAGCAGACAGGACGUGGCCCUGCCGCUGAUCCCGCUGGGUGGGCUGAAGGAUACACCCGAGGAAUGCAGGCCGGUCUCCCGUACCAUCGUGUAAAAAAGUGGGUCCGCCCGCCUACGGGAGUAACGAAGAGAGGAGCAAC